GGGGUAACUGCACUGAGGCACCAUGACGACCCUGGAUGACAAGUUGCUGGGGGAGAAGCUGCAGUACUAUUACAGCAGCAGUGAGGGUGAGGACAGCGACCACGAGGGCAAGGACGGAGGCAGGGCGGCACUGGCCGGGAGUUCGACACCUGCAGAUGCUGAGUUGGCGGGCGAAGGCAUCUCAGUUAACACAGGUCCAAAAGGGGUGAUAAAUGACUGGCGCCGCUUCAAACAGCUGGAGACAGAGCAGAGAGAAGAGCAGUGCCGGGAGAUGGAAAGGCUAGUCAAGAAGCUGUCGAUGACCUGCAGGUCCCAUCUGGAUGAAGAGGAGGAGCAACACAAGCAGAAGGACCUCCAGGAGAAGCUCAGUGGGAAGAUGACUCUGAAGGAGUUUGCCAUGAUGCAUGAGGACCAAGAUGACGAAGAGUUCCUCCAGCGGUACCGGAAGCAGAGAAUGGAAGAGAUGCGGCAGCAGCUUCACAAAGGGCCCCAGUUCAAGCAGGUUUUUGAGAUCCCCAGUGGAGAAGGGUUUUUAGACAUGAUUGAUAAAGAGCAGAAAAGCACCCUCAUCAUGGUCCAUAUUUAUGAGGACGGCAUUCCGGGGGCCGAAGCCAUGAACGGCUGCAUGAUUUGCCUUGCUGCUGAGUACCCAGCUGUCAAAUUCUGCCGGGUGAAGAGCUCGGUUCUCGGGGCCAGCAGUCGCUUCACCAGGAAUGCCCUCCCUGCCCUGCUGAUCUACAAGGGAGGUGAAUUGAUUGGCAAUUUUGUUCGUGUCACUGACCAGCUGGGGGAAGAUUUUUUUGCUGUGGACCUUGAAGCUUUUCUGCAGGAAUUUGGAUUGCUCCCUGAAAAGGAAGUCUUGGUGCUGACGUCUGUGCGUAACUCUGGCACCUGCCACAGUGAGGAUAGCGAUUUGGAAAUAGAUUGAACUGCUAGUCUAAUUGCAUAGAUUUCGCAUUGUUUGGGCUGGAAGACACAUGGCUGUGUAUUUAUUUUUGUCCCUUCCUGUGUUGUGUGGCUUUUCAGCUGUUCUUUGUAGUCCCUUUUAGUAUAUGUAAAGUCAAGAAAUUCUUAGAUUCCGUUGGAAUGCUGAAUCACCUUGUGGCUAGCAGUAAAGUGACUCAAAAUUGUAUAAACAGGAAGCCAGGCUUUUGAACUGUUUACUUAAGAUUCUCCAGCAUGACAUCUCUGUUAUUGUUUCUAGUCAAUAUUUACAUAGCAUCCUAAAGACAGCGUCCUGGAAAUUGUCUUCAGAUGAUCUCAGAGGUCUCUGCCAGGCCUGGGAGUAUAAUUCUAUAGUUAAUGUGCUCUUUGCAACAUAAAUUGUGUGUCUCCUUCAUCAGUGAUCAUAAAUUAUACUUACUUGUAAUCAGAUCCAUAGUCUUGGAAGGCAGUUACGUUUUUACCCUAGACCCUGUUCUCUACCAGGGUCUCGUGUAAAGGUUCCAGACAGUGUACGUUUGCCCAUCAAGAGGGGUGACGUCUGCUGCUGGAGCCCGUGUCCCACUCAAGCCUUAUUCAGUCUUGAGUAGGAGGGAAGGCUGAUGCUGACUGCCCUCCUGAUGCUGGAAGGCCGGCUUAAUUUAGAAGUCAGAGCUGGUUCGGAGCUGGGAAGCCUUUUUAAAGGAGGAUCUUUCAAUAAGAUACUCCUGCUCGUUUCUUUGUCUUUCUCUUACUUAACAAUGUAACU